UAAAUAAACACAUGCGUUAAAUUUCACAUAAAAACUCACAGAGACAAAUUCCCAAAACAAAAAUUGAGUUUGUGGCCGCAAUGCACUCCAUGGACGACAGGCAGAUCUUUGAGGAGCAGCGGGAGCGGAUCGACAAGGCGCUCUCCACAGUGGUGGAUGACAUGGACCGCCAGCAUUUGCGGAAACUGCAGCUGGACAUGCACAAGUGUGCCUCGACCUGCUGUCUGGAUGUGGAGGCGAGUGCUGAGAACGUGCAACGAUGUGUGGACCGAUGCCACUUGCCGUUGGUGCGGGCCCGAAAUUACGUGCAACAGGAGCUGUGCGAUUUCCAGACUCGCCUGCAGCGCUGCGUCCUGUCCUGCAACGACGAUGUGAAGAUGCAGAUGCGUCUCCAGGAGACUGGCGAACAAAGGCAGAACAUGGCCGUCCAAUUCGAGCGCUGUGCCGUCGACUGUGUGGACAAGCAUGUCGGCCUGCUGCCGACCAUGAUGCGGGCCAUGAAGGUGGUGCUGGAGAAGAACAACAGUGCCAGUUCUAACUCAUAAAAGUUAACGACGGGUAGCGUCUGGGAAUUUGCACACAUAACGAGACCAGAAGUGUUCCACUUUAUAAUAAUUUUGAUUAUCAGUUCUUCACUUUAGCGAGUUGUGCAAUGAAUGUUA